UCAUUUAACAAAUAUUAAGUAAUGUGUGCCGGGCACUCUGUAAAGGGAUUUAAUCCCCUAUGUCCAUUGAGUGGAUCUUCUGAAUUCUCUCAGGGUGUUUGGGGCUUAUACCCUCUUCUCUUCAACAGGGGUGAUAGAGGAGUAAGGGGCUGGUGUGGACAGAAGCGGGGAGAAUGACGGGGGUUGUUGCUGAGGUGAGGCAUGGAGGAAAUAUAUUCUCUCCAAUCAUUCAGGGUCCACUUUGUUUCCUUCAUCGUGGAGGUUUUUUUCCUCCACGUAGCUCUAACAGGGGUGAGCCGAGAACUUCGGGGAUGACUGGAGGUCUGCCCUGGCCCAAGGCUGUGCCUUGGGUACCAGUGACAAUUCUAGAGCAGAGUGUUUCAACCUCCAACACAGAAGCCGAAUCCUGGACUGGCUACUGAGGGACACUGCCAGCUUCUGGCUCUGAAGUUGGCUUUGGCUCUGGGCUAGAUCUGGGGAAGUUGGGGCCCAGGCUCCUCGCUCAGCAGCUUGUAUUGAUCUCCGGGCCUCUUUUGUCUCCUCCUCCCCAGUGGAAGCCUCCCCCCCAUCUCCCCCUCUGCCUCUCAGCCUCUUCCGCUUUCCUCCUCUGCUUCUCAUGAACUGAAAUCUCCGCGAGAGCCGCUGAGGCUCUGGUAGUUUCACAAAACUGUCCUUGCGCUUUCUGCAUUCGCCCAGUCAAGGGUACCUUUGCCGGAGGUCAGAGCAACGCCGUUAGUCCUGAUGCGAUUGCAUAGCAACACCCAGCGGCUCUGAGAGCCGAGGGGGAGGGGGAGACAGCGAAGAGGGCAGCAAGGUGGGAGAGACGGAGGGAGAGUGUGCCUCCAGCAGCUGGCGGCAUCCCUGUCUCAGGGACUCCUUUGCUGAUUCACAGAGGCAGCCCCGCGCCGGCCUGCCGGCGGCCAGUUACAGCCUGCUCCUCAGACCUGCCGGAAUCCGAAGCUGUCCCCAGUCUUGAACCAAGGACCCCUGAGGAGGAUGGAAGGGCACUCAGUGCAAGAAAUCCACAGAUCUUUAAAUGUUUAAGUGCUUUUUCUCGCUCUGUGCUUAUGGUCAACAGUCGGUGCACUGCCCAUUCUCACCCCACAUGAGCCUUGGUUCUGAUGCAACCUAUGGUCAUGCAGGGAUGCCCUUAUACCCUCCCACGAUGUCAUGAAUGGCGGGCAGCUGACCAGUUCCAUCACAGCAGCAGCCUCCGAAGCACCUGCCCCCAGCCUCAGGUUAGAGCUGCUGCUACCGCCCCUGCGCCUCCUCAGGAUGGUGCUGGGGGUUCCUGCCUAAGCCCAAAGCUCUUCAACGGGUCUGUUGGUGCCGCUGGACCCUUAGAACCACCAGCCAUGAAUCUGUGUUGGAAUGAAAUCAAAAAGAAGUCUCACAACCUCCGCGCUCGCCUAGAGGCCUUCUCAGACCACAGUGGAAAGCUUCAGCUUCCUCUCCAAGAGAUUAUUGACUGGCUCAGCCAAAAAGAUGAAGAAUUGUCAGCUCAGCUGCCCUUGCAAGGGGACGUGGCCCUGGUGCAACAGGAGAAGGAGACACAUGCGGCCUUUAUGGAAGAUGUCAAGUCUCGGGGCCCCUAUAUCUACUCUGUGCUGGAGUCAGCUCAGGCCUUCCUGUCCCAGCACCCAUUUGAGGAAUUAGAGGAACCUCGGUCUGAGAGCAAAGAUACCUCUCCCAGACAGCGGAUCCAGAACCUUAGCCGCUUUGUGUGGAAGCAGGCAACAGUGGCCAGUGAACUAUGGGAGAAGCUGACAGCCCGCUGUGUGGACCAGCACCGCCAUAUUGAGCGCACUCUGGAGCAGCUGUUGGAGAUCCAAGGGGCAAUGGAGGAAUUAAGCAAUACUCUGACCCAGGCUGAGGGAGUCCGAGCCACAUGGGAGCCCAUUGGGGAUCUCUUCAUUGAUUCACUCCCUGAGCACAUCCAGGCUAUUAAGCUGUUCAAAGAAGAGUUCUCCCCCAUGAAAGAUGGAGUGAAAUUGGUGAAUGAUCUGGCCCACCAACUCGCCAUUUCUGAUGUACACUUGUCAAUGGAGAAUUCCCGAGCCCUGGAGCAGAUCAAUGUCCGGUGGAAACAGCUACAGGUGUCAGUUGGUGAGAGGCUUAAGCAGCUCCAGGAUGCCCACCGGGACUUCGGGCCUGGGUCACAACACUUCCUGUCCUCCUCUGUGCAGGUUCCCUGGGAAAGAGCAAUUUCACCCAAUAAAGUUCCCUACUACAUCAACCACCAGGCUCAGACCACUUGCUGGGACCAUCCCAAGAUGACAGAAUUAUACCAAACCCUGGCUGAUCUGAACAACAUUAAGUUUUCAGCUUACCGCACUGCCAUGAAGCUACGCAGAGUCCAGAAGGCACUGCGUUUGGACCUGGUAACUUUAACCACAGCCCUGGAGAUCUUCAAUGAGCAUGAUCUGCAGGCCAGUGAGCAUGUGAUGGAUGUGGUAGAGGUCAUUCACUGCCUGACGGCCUUAUAUGAACGGCUGGAGGAAGAAAGAGGCAUCCUGGUCAACGUGCCACUCUGUGUGGACAUGAGCCUCAACUGGCUCCUCAAUGUUUUUGAUAGUGGUCGCAGUGGGAAGAUGCGGGCAUUGUCCUUUAAGACCGGCAUUGCAUGCCUGUGUGGCACAGAAGUGAAGGAAAAAUUGCAGUACCUCUUCAGCCAAGUAGCCAACUCAGGCAGCCAGUGUGACCAGCGCCACCUCGGCGUCCUGCUUCACGAGGCCAUUCAGGUGCCCCGUCAGCUGGGGGAAGUGGCAGCCUUUGGGGGCAGCAAUGUGGAGCCCAGUGUCCGUAGUUGCUUCCGUUUUAGCACUGGGAAGCCAGUCAUUGAAGCUUCACAGUUCCUCGAGUGGGUCAACUUGGAGCCCCAGUCCAUGGUGUGGCUAGCUGUUCUGCAUCGGGUCACCAUUGCUGAGCAAGUGAAGCAUCAGACCAAGUGCUCUAUCUGUAGGCAGUGCCCCAUCAAGGGCUUCAGGUACCGGAGUCUGAAACAAUUUAACGUGGACAUCUGCCAGACCUGCUUCCUGACAGGCAGGGCCAGCAAAGGCAACAAGCUUCACUACCCCAUCAUGGAGUAUUACACACCGACCACAUCCAGUGAGAACAUGAGGGACUUUGCUACGACCUUAAAGAACAAAUUCCGCUCAAAGCAUUACUUCAGCAGACACCCUCAGCGAGGUUAUCUGCCUGUGCAGUCGGUGCUGGAGGCUGACUACAGUGAGACGCUGGCUUCUUCCCCGAUGUUGCCACACGCCGACACACACUCCCGCAUUGAGCAUUUUGCCAGCAGGCUUGCUGAGAUGGAAAGUCAGAAUUGUUCCUUCUUUAAUGACAGCCUGUCCCCAGAUGACAGCAUAGAUGAGGACCAGUACCUGCUGCGGCACUCCAGCCCCAUCACAGACCGGGAGCCAGCCUUUGGACAGCAGGCUCCAUGCAGCAUGGCCACAGAAAGCAAGGGGGAGCUAGAGAAGAUCCUGGCCCACUUAGAGGAUGAGAACCGGAUUCUCCAGGGAGAGCUGAAGCGCUUGAAGUGGCAGCAUGAGGAGGCUGCCGAGACCCCCACCCUGGCUGAGGGCUCUGCCGAGGUAGCACAGGACCAUCGCAACGAGGAGCUCCUGGCCGAGGCCCGGAUCCUUCGGCAGCACAAGAGCCGCCUGGAGACACGCAUGCAGAUCCUCGAGGACCACAACAAGCAACUGGAGUCUCAGCUGCAGCGCUUAAGGGAGCUGCUCCUGCAGCCACCCACCGAAUCAAAUGGCAAUGGUUCUGCAGGCUCGUCCCUAGCUUCCUCUCCGCAGCAGUCAGAAGGCAGUCACCCCCAGGAGAAGGGACAGACCACUCCAGAUACUGAAGCUGCAGAUGAUGUGGGGUCCAAGAGCCACGAUGUCAGCCUGUGCUUGGAGGACAUUAUGGAGAAGCUCCGACACGCCUUCCCCGGUGUGCAAAGCUCUGAUGGGACUGCCAACCCCCUGUUGGCCUCUUGAUGGAGCCAGAUCCCCAUCCUAUAAUCCACAGUCCUCUCCCGGUUCUGGUCCAAGUCUUCCUUCACGCCUUCACCCAACCUUUCUGGUCCCUCCCGGGCCCACAUUCCUCAGCCAGAGUUAUCUGGGCUCGGGGCAGCAGCAGGGAUCUGCCCAUGUGUGAAGUGGAUGCUUCAGGGCUGGGAGAAGGAGAGGCAUGAUUCCCCCAACUCUAGAAACGUGCCCUUUAAUCCUCAAGUUUGAGACCAGUCCCUUACGUAUGUUUCUGUCGCGGUGCAGGCAGAUGGGGAGCAGAGAAGCUGCCUUGCAGAACUAAGCAGUGCCCAUUGGCCCCUUUCCCUUCUCCAUGGCAUUAUGGAGAUAAGGAAGCCGCAUGACCCCAUGGUUCCAGCAUUAGGAACCCACAGGGGUUAGCCCUACUCUCUGGCCCAACUCAGGGAGGCAGAAGGGUAUCCCCAAGACACAACCCCCCCCCCAAAAAAGUGCCCCUGAAAAUGUCUGGGCAGCAUGUGUCCUAUUACUUUAGUUUGACGGCGUCUCUAGCCAUCCUGAUGCUCCCUAGAUGUUGUUUCCCCUUUGAAUAUCUUCAGUUCCUUCUGCCUCAGGCCUUGGCCGCCCCUGCUUAAGUUCAUUCUGAUUCUUACACCAUACAUUUGGAAACAUUAAAGAGAUACUUAUGGGCUUAGUUCCCACCCCACCCCCCACCCCGACCCUCCUCCUUCCUGAAGGCCUCAGCCUCCUGAGACACCGGAAAUCCAGCCGAAGCCACCCUUCGCUCUUCCGGGUCUGCCCUCACAGCCCUGGGGCAGGGGCAGCUGCUUGCUCAGCAAGGGGGUCUUGCUCUCCUUGGGUGAGGAAGGGGAAGCCACUCACUAGCCUGGAGGAGUGUGACUGCCCAACACUCUUGCAGGCUGUGGCCCUUGUUUCUUUCAGGCGGAAUCAGAUGAGGCGGCUGAUUGUCCCCAGCUAAUCACAAGGCAGAUGCAAGCGGCAGCCCUAAAUAGUGGUCCCUUCCCAGGAACAGCUGGCCACAAAUCAGGAAGCUGGCCACUUCCCACCCAGACAACAGCAAGGCCUUCCUUUGCAUAAAACUGUUCUUUCCAACUCUGGAAGGUGAACCCGAUCCUCAAAGUAAACUAACUCUUGCUAGGCUGCCUAGACCAUAAUCCCUUUAUCCAGAAACCGUUCAGAGUAGAUAGCAGGGGGUGGGGGUGGGGCGCGGGGGAGUGGGCUUGGGGAAUUUGAACAGAGUCAGAGCCCACUUAGGCAGCUUUCUGCAAAAGAAGCUUUAUAACCCAGAGCCCUGCAGCUGAUUUAAUUUGCCUAAGUUUAUAUACAUACAUAUCUGUCCUGCAGAGAGGUACUGUACAGCGGUACUCCCCUGGCCUCACUCACACAUUAAAUUCUAAUACCUCUUAAAGUAUUAAUGUUCUGCCUUGCUCUUUGUUAGCCCCAGCCUCUGGCUGGACAGAGACAUGCAACCUGGCCGCUCCCCUAGGAUGUCUCUCCAUUCAUGUUUGGGGUGAGCUGUCCUCCAGACCAAAGCAAGAGAAGCCUGUGGCCACAGUGGGAUCUAACGGGAAGAGUCACUCUGUUCUCUUCACUCGUUCCAAAUCUUGUUCCCUUGAGACCUGAGCCUUGGAUGAACUUUUCCUGGGCUUCCCCUAAACAACGGUUCAGGUGCCAAAACAGAACAAAGGCAAGCUCUACUCAUCCCAUGCAGACAAGAAGGAACAGAUGGGCUUUUGUUGGCCUUUGCCAGGCUAAGACACAGAGAACACCCUCCAGCCCCUUCCAGGUCCUAAGUCUGCCUCAGGGUCUUAAAGAAAGCAGUGGCUGCCACCAAGGUCAGGAGGGUGUGAGAUAGGUGGGGUGCUCUGUUAUAAUCAAGUAGUGCAUCCGUCCGUGGGUAGAACUGCUGGGAAGUUAGAUUUCUCUGCUGCAGGGGAGGGAGGGCAGUAGCUUGGGUCCAGAAGCCUAGGAUUGCUUCCUUCUCGAAUGGCCAGGGAGCACUAGGCCACAGGUCUGGGGUAUCAGACCUAACCAUGACAUGUGCCUCAGUGUUCAUGAGGUGUCUGGAUGGGAGGACUGGGUAUCUGGAUGUAUGGUGAACAGGUAGUAGGCAGGCAUCAGACACAGACCAUG